AUGGCGCUGUGGCAGGAUGCCUCCUCGAGCGCCAUGCUGGACGAGAGUGCGUCGGCCCUUUCGUCGAGCAUGUUUUUUCCGUGGCGAGGCGCAAGGCGCGAGACGGAGCCUGCCAGGCUCGCACAACUCGCCUCGUCGUUUGCUCUGCGCGAUGUGGAAGUGGCGUUCUUCAAUGCCGUGAUCCGCCAUCUCCCGCCGGCGUCUACGAGUUUUUCUGAGCUCAAGCACGCGUACAAUGUAUGUCGUCAGGAUACGGCGCUCGUAGCGCCGAUCAUGCACGACUUCCGCGCUUCGUACACACCCGAGGCACAGGCAUCGAUCGAUGCGCGCCUGUGGAAUACACUGCUUUCGCUCGUGCAAGUGCGAGGGCACACGUGGGCAGAACGAUGGGACACGAUUCGCGUGGGACUCGGUCUCGAGCCGCUGGACGACGAGUCGUCCUUCUCCGUGGACACGAGGGCGCCCGUGGUCCUGUCCAGCACGCCAUGGAAGCCAGCCACGCGUCGUCCGCACUUUGAGCGCCGCUGGGACACGUAUCGCCGACGCGUCCAAAGGCGGUACCUCUAUCAGUGGCUCGCACGCACGCAGCAUCUCGCGCAUAUGUACGCGCGCGCCAAGCACACCCAUGAGCGCGUCUCGGUGUGGACCGCUUGGGUGCAUUGGCGCGACGCACGCGAGCGACACGUGCAAUCCGUCAGGGAGGCGGAUGCCAUGCAUAGGACCAGGCUGACGCGUGCUUCCUGGACGUCGUGGCGCCUCGCCGUUGGUCAUCGGCAUGCCCAGCGGCGAGACGCGCAGCAUCGCGCCCUGGCCGUCGGAUGGCACACAUGGCAUGCAAAGAAGUGUGACCGACUGCAGCGCAUUGCUUGGACAUUGUGGCAGCACGCGUGGCUCGCGCACACAGCGACUGCGAUCGACACGUUUCGCGCGCUCGCUAGCGCAUGGCAUGCGUGGCGCGCACGUAUGGAACGGCUGGCUCACCUUUCGCCCAAAGCCUCGCUGUUCUCACGAUACCUCACGCAGCGCCUCGCGUCGCGCGCAUGGGUCGCAUGGCGCCUGCGUCUAGGCGAGCGGCGUAGCGACGCACAUGACAUGCUGCUAGCUGCGCGUCUACGUGCACACCAUGCGCUUCGUCGAGCAUGGGGCAUGUGGCGCACCAGCCUAGCGCAACACCUCGUGCGCCACCACCACGGCCGGCAGGUGUCGCAGCGCGUGGACGAGCGCGUACGGCAUGCUGCCUGGAUGACGUGGCGUGUUCGCACACAGCUCGUUGGCAUUGACGCCGUGCGCACGGCUCACUCGCUACGUCAUGCAUGGAAUGCGUGGUGGCUCACAUACACCGAGCGCACCAUGGCACGCCAGGCGCUCGUGAUGCAGCUCACGCACCGCACCCAUGCGCGCGUAGUGCGCCAUGCAUGGCACACCUGGUCGCGCCGAUAUCACGCGCAGCUGCGCGAAGAGCGCGCGGCCCAAGGCACAUUCACGUGGCGCUGUCUUUACAUGGCCUGGCACGCAUGGAAAGCGAGAUGGCGGCAUGUGCAGCAGGAAUGGACACGCGCGGAGGACGUCGAGACCCACCAUCUUCUCCGGCGCCGCUGGCGUGCGUGGACGCAAGCGCUGCAGCGCCGUCGGGAGACGCGUGCGGCGCAUCACUAUACGGACCAGCUUCUUCGUCGCGUCUGGUCCGCUUGGCGUGUGUCGUAUGCGAGUCAGCGCCACUCGCAGUCAUGCGAGGCGCUCGUGCUCGCUCAACAGCAUGCGCAUCGACAGCGCGAGGCCUGGCGCCGGUGGACGUCCAAACUCGCGGCGCAUCGCGAUCGGGCAGGCCGGGCGUGCCUCGUGCAUGAUGCGCUGCUUCUUCGUGCGGGCUGGGGGCAGUGGCGUACACGACGCGCGCUGUGCCGUGCCAUGGAACACACCGCCGUCACAUGGCACGAGACCCGGCGUGGAUCUGCGCACAGGCAGCUCCGUCGCGCGUGGGAUGCAUGGGCCGCGAGACGCGAGCAUCGCAUCGCGCUCCAGCAAGCGUAUGCGCUGUGGACAUCGGCCCGUGUCACGCGAGCCUGGUGGCAGUGGCGCGAUGUGUAUGCGCAGCUCUGUCUGCAAGCGCCGGAGCUCGAGACGUUGGCUCUUCGACGACGCGCGAUACUGCGUGUGUGCUGGGCGCGCUGGACAGAAGCUUCCGCGUGCGUGCCUAUGCUACGGGCACGGCGGUGCCAGCGCCAGCGACUUGUCCUACGCCGUUGGCGGCGGGCCACACAAGCAGCGCGCCAUCGACGCACAGCGCGCCAUUUUGGCCUCGACACGGCCGGGCGCGACGCUUGGGACGCAUGGCGCGCGCGCGCCAUGUACCAGCGCGAUACACGGUGGAUUUCGCGCCUCAAGGGCCGACGCGCCCGCCUAUCGAAUGUGCCGCGCGUGCCGCCGCGAUUCCAGGCUAGGUGCGCCGAGACACAUGGUACGGUCCUGCCUGUUGCACGGGCAGCACCGUCAGCUCAGCAAUAUUGA